UGGACCGAUGCACGCUGCACAGGAGGCAAUUUCGGCCACUUAAUUUAUUACUCAUCAUCGCCCGGUUGUUGGUCGGAACAAGCUAAUUAAAAGAGGAGGGUGUGUGUGUGAGAGUGAGAGUGUGUGUGUGUGUGGAGGAUUGGGAGACGUUGGAGCUUCCGUCUCUCACGCUUCACCGUGGACCGAGAGGGGGGAGAGUAGAGGAGGAAGAAGACCGAGGACAGCUGGAUGGAAGGAGGUUUUUUUUUGAACACCACAAUCUGAUCUGACAUGACCACCGCAUAGGAAUCAGGUGCCACGGCAACCGUCAAGCACCGAGACGAGGAUUAGGAGACUGAGAGCCGGACAGAGGGACGCUCAGAGAAACAGAGAGAGGGAUGGCUGUGGAGGAGAAGCCGGGUGUGAAGAGCAGCAGCUCCAUCGUCCCCUGCUUCCUGUUUGUGGAGCUGGUGAUCAUGGCUGGGACGGUGCUGCUGGCUUACUACUUCGAGUACACGGACACUUUCCCCGUCCACAUCCAGGGCUUCUUCUGCUACGACAAGAUCUCCAAGCCUUACCCCGGGCCGGACGAAGGCAGCAAGAUCCCCCCCCUGCUCAUCUACUCGCUGGUCACGGCCAUCCCCGCCGUCACGAUUCUUGUUGGAGAGCUGUGUGCAUUCUUCACCAAGGCCGAGGGAACCCAGGAGAAAACCAUUGUCACUGCUGACUGCUGCUACUUCAACCCCCUGCUGAGACGCAUAAUACGCUUCCUAGGUGUCUAUGCCUUCGGUCUCUUCACCACCACCAUCUUCGUCAAUGCCGGCCAGGUGGUGACAGGAAACCAGACGCCUCACUUCCUGUCCGCCUGUCGACCGAACUACACGGCGCUUGGCUGCCAGUCCACCAUGCAGUACAUCGCAGAGCGCCGCGCCUGCACGGGGAACCCGCUGGUUGUCAUGUCUGCGCGGAAGUCUUUCCCGUCCAAGGAGGCAGCGCUCAGCAUCUUCUCUGCGGUGUACACAGUGAUGUACGUGACCCUGGUGUUCAAGACCAAAGGCACGCGGUUGACUAAGCCCACCAUCAGCCUCACGCUGCUCUGCCUGGCCGUGCUAGUGGGCGUGGUCCGGGUGGCUGAGUACCGCAACCACUGGGCUGACGUCCUGGCGGGAUUCUUCACCGGGGGGGCCAUCGCUGUGUUUUUGGUGACCUGCGUGAUAAACAAUUUCCAGCAGAUGCUGCCCAGUCCUCCGCUGCUGCGACCCCAGCGCCCCGAGUCCAUGCUGGGAAUGCCGAUGGUGACGCUGCCCUGUGUCGAGAGUCCACUCGAAAAGUUAAGUGGCCCUCAGACUCCGCGGGGAUCUCCGUUCACCGAGAUCACAUGACCAUCAGCCCUAUCGGUUCCCCGCAACCCCCGAUGUCCUCAUACCGUCUCGCUCCAUUUCCAGCGAAGUCUAGACCAGGAGCAGCACUCGCCGCAAUGCGCCGCCCAUCCGGCUGGGCGGUACGCAACGCUGCACCGCUCCUAUUCCACGCAGGUCUAGAACUUCCCAGACAUCCCUAAUGCCCUCCUAACCCCCGGGGAACCGAUAGGCACACUAAAGACUUUCUCUUUGCUGGACAAGCAAAGAAACAAACAUUACAAGUACAGAGUCAGGUACUUCUUUCUUUUUCUGUUUCGAGUAUUCUGACUUUUUGUAUCAUCUUCAGUGGCGCGCUCCUGCAAGGACAGACACAUCGAACUGGGACCACUGAGAAUGUCCGUCCAUUUUUAGUUUUUAAAAAGAAGUGACGGUGAACUCACCGUAUGCGAUCAGGACGUUGGACCAAAGAAACCUGCUGAAGGACACGUGUGCUGCUGAGAUUUACAAGAACAAUGCAUCCUUUUAGAAAGCCAUACACACAACACACACAUAGGCUGUGUCUCAAUUUGAACAGUACACUGCAUGUGAACGCUGUUAGCUAGCUAGGUAGCAACGAUCGUUCGUGCUACCAAAACAUUACAGCGCUUAACCCAAUAAAUGAACGGUUGCUUCUUUUGUGGUACAAUACAAGAGGCACAAAACAAAUGACUUCUAUUUGUCGAGUGCUGUGUUCACCAGAGCCAUAGCUGCGGCUGGUUGCACAACUUCCGGUACAAAGCUCGAGAUAGUUUAGUUGAUUGUGAGAAGUGUCCAUCAUUCCACACUGAACAUUUUGACAGUUUUGAGAGCACUGUACUGUAAACAGUUUUUGCAGCGCCUCAAAUUCGCCCGCUUUUAGCUAGAUGCUCCAUUAAACCCCAAAAAAUGUGGCUUUUUUUGGAUGCAAUUUGAGUGGUUCGUGACUUAAUGUGCAAAAAUAACGCCCACAAGUUUAAAUUGUAUUUGUGUGAUGCUGUGUUUACCGGAGCAACCAUAACUGCCACUGCUGCACAACUUCCGCUACGUAGCCAUGAUGGCGGUCAUAGUGUGAGAGGAGUCCAGCAUCACCGCAUACACCCAACUCUUUGGAGGUUUUAAGUGCACACUGGAAGAAAUGCUGCUUCAAAACCAAGUAAAAGAUUAGUAAAAACAAGGUGUUUUUGCUUGUAAUAAGUAAAGAAACUGCAUUUCUGGAAAUAAGAUGGGAUUUCUUUGCUAAAUUAGAUCCUGUUAAUAGUUGGAAAGACUUAUUUUGAAGCCAGAAAUGCUCAAAAGUUUUCAGUUUUCCAAUAAACAUGAAAAAGAAUACUCGUUUCAUCAGAGAUACAUCUAACAACACGACCCUAUAUCUCACUGCAUUGUUACCUCUUUAUUUAUUAUGUCUUAUAUCAAGUAUAAAGACAUUCGGACUAGAUAUUAGACAAAUAUACUUUCAUGUUUUUACGGUGCACAUCCGUGUUUUCCACGAUGCCUUUUACCAUGCAUGCAUAGGGGCGCACUAAUGCACUCAAAGAAGUAUGCAAAUUGAGACACAGCUAUGCACACUGUUUCUGUCCGUUGGUCUCUUUCUUUCAUCCUCUCUCUCUAUCUCGUCCUAUUGACACACACACACACACACACACACACACAGUAGUCGGAGUAGCAGUGCCCUUGUCGGCUCCACGUGAGAUCUUUCUCAGAUCAAAGAGUCCGUUUGGUAUCUCUCAGCAGAAGCAAACAAGAUGAAAGCACCGACAUCUCUGCUCCGUCUUCGGCGUGUUGUUUUUUUUCCCUCUCUUCUUUCUCAGAUGGUACCCGAAAAAAUAUUUGCUGAGACAAAGCCGAGCCAACGACUGCAGGUGGUCAAAUAAAGCGCAACAUAUUCAGGAGCAAAUAUGGUUUUGUAUUCUUUCAAAAACGAGGAGCUUUCAUACGAAACACUUUUUUUUAUUUCGCUCUUCAACGACUGGAGUUUUUCCAGCCGGGAAAAACUGACGGAGUCGUGUAAUUAUUGUGAUUCAUUUCUGAGAUUUUAUCAACAGAUGUAUUUAUUGACGUGUAUAUAUACGGUGAUGUUGCCAUGGCGCUCAAAGUGGCGUGACAGUUUUGCUAAAUUUUGAUUUGCACACUCCCUUAAAUCCAUGUUUCCUUUUAUUAUUAUUAUUAUUCUCCCUCCUCCUCUUCGUCCCCCAUCUUGCCUAUAAUACCAUCACUGUGCUGUGAAAUGUUUCCCUCUGCUGGACGACACACACACGCACACACACACACACACACACACACACACACACACACACACACACACACACACACACACACACACGAGAGUCCUCAGAGUCUACAGAGCACACGUAUGUUCAAAAGCACACACAUGCACAACACAUCCCCAGUCCCUUCUUCUCCUUUAUCCACUUUACGGACAUUUGUUUGUAUGAUAUUGUAAAUAACUUUUAUAUCAAGAGUGUGAUUUUUACACGAGCAUCACCGACACUCAGUGGGUACAUUUGGGGGGAAAUGUUGUGAUGAUGAUGAUGAUCAUGAUGAUGAUGAUGAUGAUGAGACAGUGUGUAUGAAGGUGCUGAAACACUCUGAACCAACACUGGAGCGUUUGGGAAACACCCAGAUGACUCUCUCUUUGAAUAAAAUGACUGUUGUCGCCCAUUGGACUCGCUUCAGACUGCGAGAGGUGUUUACUAAAAUGCUGCGCCAUCAUCGCGUUGUAAACUCAAAGCUGUCUCUGUUUUGAAAUGUCAUCUAAGCAUCAAUAAUAUCUGACGUAUAAAUCAUUGCUAAUGUCUUUUCUUGUCAGGUUUCCAGACACGACCAUGAGCGAUCCAACGACCAAGGUCAAAAAAAGCUAAAUUCAUUCAUUUAAAACAUGCGAAUCCAAGGUGCUUUACAAGAGCACAGAAAUACAUGAAGUAUGAGAUGUUAAGAAAGGAUGUAUCAGCAUUUACUAUACGUUAUUAUUACGUACGGUUAAAAUAAGGUAUGUAUUAACAAUGUUUUAACCCUGACUCAAAUGAUCUGGCAUUUUAAAAUGAGCGUUUAGCUUUUAUCUGAGAGUUCGACUUUUAACGACAGAGGGGUUUUUUUGCCAGAUCUUGCAAGACUUUGUUGUUAAAUCAGACGGAAAGACAUCUGUUCUGUCCAAAUGUGUCCUCCUAAAAAAGUCCCAUUUAACUGUCAGAAGAUGUGGAUUGUUUCUGAAUGGAUCCAACAUUUCCAUGGACUGUGUUGCAAAGUUAUUAUUAAUUACAGGUUCAAAUAAUUCAAAUGAUCUGAUAGGUAAUUAGUCCCAAAAGGAGUCCCUCUAAAGAGUGCCAUUUUACUGUCAGAAGGUUUUAUUAGACAUGUGGAUUGUUAUAAAUGGAUCCAACAUUUCCAUAGUCUGACUUUAGUGGCGGGACAAACAAUUGCAUCCACAUUUAUUGGUUCAUCCAUUUUAAAAUCGGUAUGUUGUUGUUGUUCCAGAAUUUCCACAGAGCAACAACCAUGUGCAGCACAGCCAUGGUGCUGAGUUACCGUAGCAUAGUAUCCUUAUCUCGUGGGAAAAAGACGUAGAUCUUUAGCUAGCAUGUACAACUUUGACUUCACAAAAGUAUCAUGAAAACUGUGACAUUUCAGAGAGUCAAAACUCGUACCGCUAGUUCCUGCAAAGUUGUGAAUUUGACUCAUUUGCAGCAGGACACGAUUUCCAUUUUUUGCUUCCCAGUCUCGUCCACCAUGAAGCAGACAUGCCUUAAAAUAACCCGCAAUGGAACUCAACAGAAUAUCAAAAUGCAUUUCAUGUACAGAAAGAGAUGUUCGAGAUGCAAACAGGAAAGACAAACAGAAAUCCUCUCUUCAGGUCGGAGUAAGCCCUCCUCUGGUUCAGCCAUACACAGCUUUACCUCCCUGUAAAGUCUGCCGUGACUCGUGUUUUAAAUCAGAGAACAAACAGCUGAUUGACGUGAGGAUAUAGAAAACAGUCUC